AUGCUCUUCAGAUCCUUGACACCUUUAGGGUUAUUUGUUUUGACCAAGGUCAAUGCUGCUACGGUUGAGAUAUCCUCCAAUACUCUCAUAAGUACUGGUGAUACUCUCUAUACUUCAGACUAUAUUAUUGACGAAGGAGUCUACUUAGCAAUCGACUCUGGUUACACUCACAACUUCUAUGGUGAUUUAACCGUCAAUGGGAUGCUCUACAUUAGUGACAAAAAUCACUACUCAGGGUUGACUUGUGAUUAUAUUGGAACAUCUAAUGUGCUCACAAAUAAUGGGGACAUUGUUCUCAAUGAUUUGAAUGGUACAUCGGCUCCUACUUUUGAUUAUUAUGGUGGUUCUUUCUACAACUACGGUAAUGUAUGGUUUGCGGGAAUCGGUAAUACCGGUGGUUCGACAUUUGCUAUACAACCUUACGGAACAUUCGUUAAUGAGGGUACUAUU